CACUUGAAAAGCAUUCCAGCGCAUCAGCGCGACCGAAAACACUGCCCCCAAUGGUUCAUGACACCCUCAUGAAAAAAUGCACGGUCUUCUGUAGAGCUGGCGGGUGGGGGGACGCGCCGCUGCGCCAGACGGCGAAGCAGGGUGAGGGUCUCGCCACCCCAACGGCCGAACGUCUCCGCUGCUAGGGGCACGAAGGUGUAGCCUUUCUGCCGACAGUUGGCACCGUACUUGCGAUCUUUGUCGCGCUCCGCCCCUGCAGCUGCAAAACCGCCCGGCCGACGUGCGUUGCUGCGGUUGACCUGGGUGUGGUGGGCCGUUGAGUUCUCGGGCCGACACGGAUGGACCACCGUGACGUCGCACAAGACACCUUCGCCGUUGAUGGAGAAGAAGAGGUCCAUGCGCUGACUGUUGGGCUGGGCGUUUGGGGGGGUGAUGUCGAGAGACCGCAGGGGCACUUCGGUGACAGCCGUGAUGCCCACCUCCGCAAGGAUUGCCUUAAAGACGUCCAGCAGGGUGUUGUGCUUGAACACGCGCUCCGCCGUCGCGCGGCUGCAGAGGAAGAAGUGGUCGCCCAGGGUGUCGAUGCUUGCUCCACACGUGCAUGACGGUGCGAGGCUGGCGAGAGGGAAAGUGAUUCCGAGGGUGAGGGCCGUAGCGAGGCGGUAGGCGUAGUCGUUCAAGCACUUGCGCUUGUCACCUCGGGUAUAUGCGGGGAUGGCCGACAACCAGCCAGACGACAGAGGCCCCAGGCAGGAGAGAAGGCGGCAUCGAUCACGGC